AUGUUUGCUAACGUUUUAUUCUUUUUUUUUGUAGGUUCAAGAUCACCUCCUCUUUUUGGUGCAUCACCACCCGCUUUUGGUGCAUUAUUCCUGUUAUCACCUUUUCAUUUUGGUCCACCUCUAUUCGCUCUCGAAAAUCGGUUCUUCUUCGGACUAAUAUUGAAUAGACGGGUUUCCAUUAUCAAAUUGGCGGGUUUCCCCUUCUUGGAACUUUAUUGGAUGGGCGGGUUCUCCCCUUGGGACUUUAUUGGAUGGGCAGAUAAGUUUCGAAUUUUUGAAACUUUAAUUUUUUUAUUGAAAAAAUAUUAA